CGAAAAGUUCUGAAAUCAAAACAUAACACCGGCAACGACAUGUAGCUCGGUGUUGUGCGUGCUGCCGACGAUAAAACGCGAGAACAAGUAUCCCUGAGAUACCAGAGCCACAAAACGAACACUAAUUUAUAAUAUAUACACACAUCGGGGGGAAUUAUUUUCACGGUAGCCAUGGACGGAAUUUCACCGAUUCCCAUGCAUCAGAACUGGCUCUAAAAAAACCAACAUUAUAUCCUUAGUUUUCUUUUUUUUUUCGAGGCGGAAAAAUAUAAAUUUUAAAAGCGGUGGUGUGUGCGCCCGAGUAUAGGAUUUGGUGUGUGCGCGUGUGUGGGUGCAGAAGGGAAAACACAAUUGCGAAAAUUCAGCUAUACUGGCCACCGAAUGGAUAAUGGGUAUUUGUUUAGACACAGAUGCCACCGCGGCACAAGAUACCGGCGAACAAGGCAACGAUUGGAAUCAUACACGGAAUCGAAAUGGCCAAAAUGCUGGAGACUUGGAGACCGCCGCGGCGGCUGGCCAUUUGGGCUCUACCAAUAUCGGCGGUAUCGAUAUGCAAAAUGCUGGAAAAAUCAAAUUCGAUCCGCCCAAAGUGCCAGUGAUAUUUGUUUUAGGCGGCCCAGGUAGUGGCAAAGUCACCCAUUGCGAUACCUUUAUGCAGGAGCGGCGCGGAGUGACGCACAUCAAUAUGAUGGAUCUGCUUCAGCAAUAUGCAAUGGGCAAUGACAUGCAGGACUUUUCGCAACUAUCGUCGAAAACAGUCACCGAGGUGUUGAUGUUGGAAAUGAAAAUGGCUCCAGCUGCCAAAGCAUACCUAAUAUCUGGAUAUCCACGCUCAAUGCGCGACGUUGUCGAGUACUCGGAGAAGAUACAAGUCGUUAAUGGCGUGAUUCUAAUAUCCUGGCGUCAGUCGGUUUUACAAAAGCAAAUCGAUUAUGGAGCCAAAUUAGGUCAUGUAGUACUCUCCUUAGCCAAAAUGGAAUUGGAAAAUUUCUUCAAAAAUGUGAUGCCAGUCGCCGAUUAUUUUGAUCAGAGCGACAUGCUAUUGGCUGUUAAUGGUGAGCGUGCUCCCACAGAGGUGUACAAAGACUUUCGCACCGCUGUCCUCGACAUACUCAGCACGCUCGAGAACCAGGAGGCCGUGAUGAAUGGAGUUACAGGUAUGGGCAGAGGGAUACAUGAUAUACCCGGCAGUAUAGUUAGCGUUGACACCGCACCAAGUCAAGCCCAACAAGCGACUCAAAUUGCAGAAGGCACCGCCGCCGUUAGCACCACCGACACCACUGGCACCGCUCUGGCCAGAGAUCUGGCCGUGGAUCCCACGGUUGGGGCUGUGGCCGUCAUGAAAACGGCCACCACCAGUGCCGAUGACGACAGCGGGGUGGUGAUCACUCAGCAGCCAAAGCUCCGUCCAGAAGCCGGUCCGGAUGAGUCCAACCUGCCGCCUAUCAUUUGGGUGAUCGGAGGUCCGGGAAGCAACAAGGCCACGCUUUGUCUCAAGGCAGUUGGCCUGAAUCCAGGCUGGGCUCACAUUAGUGUGGGUCGCCUUCUGCGGAAUAUCACAGACUCUGCACCACGUGCCAAUACCGAAAGUUAUGCCGUCAAGGAGGCCCUGGCCGCCGGGGAUAUGGCUCCCGAGAAGUCGCUGAACCAGCUCCUGGAGACAAAUCUGCGUCAAUUACGGGAUAGAACUGGUAUCAUCAUAGAUGGGUAUCCCAGGAAUCUGCAACAAGUCAAGUACUUUGAGAAUAAGUACAAGCAACGUCCGCCCAUUAUUUUGCUGGACUGCUCGAAGCUGCAACUGGGGCGGGGUCGUAUAGACGACACAGUUUCCUCAUUCCGUCGCCGCCUGGAGCUCUUCCGGGAGCAGACCCUGCCUAUGCUCAAGACCCUGGACACCAGCAAUCGUCUUCAGAUUGUCGAUGGCGAUACGGACAGUCCUUCGGUACAGCGUGAGUUCGAGCGUCUCAUCCGGAGUCACAUUCAGCGACUGCUUAACCAAGGCGAGGACACGGAUGCCAUGGAGCCACUAGGCAACCAAAUGAUGCGGAACGAGCAAACGGAUGCCAUUCUGCACGACCUUGAGACGAAUGUGCCGGGAGCAGUGCCCACGAUCAGUCAUCAUGUCAGCAUGAUGAACGGACAUCUGAAGAACCGGGGCAGUGCAGUGGGAAGUGGCAAGCAAAUGAUGAACGGCCAUGUCCCAGGCAGGCCGGGAACAGGAGCCGGAAACGGAAAUGGGCCGGUGGGCCAGUCAGUGCCCGUUGACUUCCGGCACAUGCUCGAGGAGGCCGAGCGGUAUCCGGUGGACUCGUACAUGUAGAGAAUUUCAAAAGUGGAAAGUUUUAUAGUUUUCUAAUCGAACUAGUUUAGGAAUAUUGUUAAUGCUGGUUUGUUGUUGAGUCUGGGACCAAUGAGUUGCAGUGUCCUUAUAGCCUAAGGUAGCAGAAUUAAAUUCGAUUAUUUCACUAAAACCCCUAGCGACAUAUCAAGUUAAUCUUAA